AAAAUUUUCACUUUAGAAGAAGUUUCAAAACAUAACACCAAAGAAGAUUUAUGGAUGAUUAUUGAUAAAAAAGUAUAUGAUGUUACAUCAUUUGCUGAUGAUCAUCCAGGUGGUGCCGAAUAUUUAGUCGAAAAUGCAGGUAAAGAUGCCACUAAUGAGUUCCUCGAUGUAGGUCACACUCAAAAAGCUGUAGAUAUGUUAAAAGACUACUAUAUUGGUGAU